CAGCUCAGGGGUUCACAUGGGUGUUGCCCUGGCUCCGCGUCAGGAUGAUCCAGUUUAAUUGACUUAUCUUUACAGGCUGAUUCCCGGUGCCGCUCGCAGGGAGAGCUUCAGUGUUUGUGUUGGACUCGCCAGCUGCUCACACAGCACUUGCUUCUCGCUGAGUUUCCGGCCAGGACCAGGACACUGCAGCGAUACCGUUACAGCAGGAAGCUUCUGUUUCCCACGUCCACAAAGUAGAGGAGGCGAAGCUGUGCAUUAACAGCCCAGAGUCACACUCGGAUACACCUGUAAAACUUUGCCAACGCUACCGACAAUGGGCAACAGCAAGAGCGGCGCUGUGUCGAAGGAGAUCCUGGAGGAUCUGAAGCUCAACACCAAGUUCUCAGAGACCGAGAUUGCCCAGUGGUACGAAAACUUCAAGAGGCAGUGUCCAACGGGCCGCAUCUCAAAAGAGGAAUUUCAGAACAUCUACAGUAAGUUCUUCCCCGACAGCGACGCCAACACGUACGCCCAACACGUCUUCCGCUCCUUCGACACCAACGACGACGGCACGCUGGACUUCAAGGAGUACAUCAUCGCCCUCCACAUGACGUCGACAGGGAAGACCACGAGGAAGCUGGAGUGGGCCUUCUCGCUGUUUGACGUGGACAAGAACGGCUACAUCACCAAGUCAGAGGUCAAGGAGAUCUGCACGGCCAUUUUCAAGCUGAUCCCUAAAGACGAGCUGGCCACGCUGCCCAACGAUGAGAACUCCGCUGAGAAGAGGGCCGACAAGCUCUGGAAGUUCUUUGAAAAGGGCGACAAUGACCGAGUUGCAGAGGGAGAGUUCAUCAAGGGAGUUUUGGAAAAUGAAGUCGCUCUUCGCUUGAUUCAGUAUCAGCCUGUAAAGUAACUGUUGUGUCAGAUGUGUUCGUUCUUCAUCUCUCUCCACGUCUGUCUCUCUCCCCCUCUGCUGAUGCAAUGACACCUGACAGCACCUUCACAAGUUGUGAGCACAUAGCAGCUGGGAUCAGUCACCACAUCGCUCCACAUUAACCAAUGACACCGAAUCUCUUCAUAACAGUUGUCUUUACCACACAGAGCAGAAAAUACGUGUUAGAGCUAAAGGUUCAGUGUGUAGGAUUUAGUGACAUCUAGUGGUGAAGUGUCACGUUGCAGCUGAACACCCUCACCUCACCUCACUCC